UGGUCUUGUUGUACUUCCUGUCUUUGUCUUGUUUCCCGCUUUUGUCAUUGUUUUCCCCGCCCUAAUUGGUUCCACCUGUUCCCCUUACCCGUGUGUAUAUAUAGUCUGCGUUUCCCUUUGUCUAGUGUCAGUUCGUUUAUUGUCUCAUGCCUUCGUCCUUCACGCCAUGUUCCAUGUUUUUGUCCCUUGCCUUUGCCUUGUCUCGUUCCUCGUCUUGCCUCUCGUCAUCGUAUUCCCAGUCAGGUUGUGUAUUUAUUUGUUACUUUGUUUCUUGUUUAGUUUUAGUUACUUGAUCCAUGUUUCUCCUCUCUAAGAGUGAUUUUGCGUUUGCGUUUUGUAACUUUUGUUUUCGAGCCUUUUUCCCCUUAAUGGGUGAUCUUUCGUUUGUUACUUUGUCCAGUUAGUUUGUCUUCCUCCUCAGUGAGUGAUUUUCUGUUUGUUACUUUGUUUAAAUAAAUAAUCAUUAGUUUGGACUACGUCUGUGGGGUUUUGCAUUUGGGUCCUAGUCCUUGCCUCCUCCCUCAGUCCUGACAGAACGAACUGACCAGAAUGGACCCAGCAGACCCCAUCACAGAGACGGACUUGAAACUCAAGUUCUUGUCCAUGUCCAAGGAUUAUCUAGAAAUGAAAGCUGUUAGUGAAGAGCUUUCUGAGACCUCUCCCCGUCUUAGCAGGCUGUUUGAGCUAAUGCAGCCCGGAACUAGCUACUGGGAGUGGAAUUGGGGUAGGAAAAUGCUCCGCGACCUAGUAAUGGAAAAACCUUGGACUAUACAUGUGUUUCCAGAGGUCGCUGCAUUGUCGGGACUGUCUCCGUCUGAUCCGGCUCUGGUCGACACCCAAGGUUUUAAAAGCAAACUGGUCAAGUACUUUGGGAGUAAGAUAUUUACCCGGCCAGCCUCCCAAUCAGUUAGCCUCGGUCCGGCUAGCCUCCAGCCAGUCUCCCCUGUCCCUGCAUCGGGGAUCCCGGCCACGUCUCCGGUCGGCGGUCCGGCCGACAACAGUUCCUCGUGUCCCGUCAGCGGUCCGGCCGCCAUCAGUCCCUUGUCUUCAGGCGGCGGUCCGGCUGACACCUGUUUCCCGUCUUCUGUCAGCGGUCCGGCCGACAUCAGUCUCUCGUCUCCAGGCGGCGGUCCGGCUGACACCUGUUUCCCGUCUCCUGUCGGCGGUCUGGCCGACAUCAGUUCCACGUCUCCCGUCAGCGGUCCGGCCGCCAUCAGUCCCUUGUCUCCAGGCGGCGGUCCGGCUGACACCUGUUUCCCGUGUCCCGUCAGCGGUCCGGCCGACAUCAGUCCCUUGUCUCCAGGCGGCGGUCCGGCUGACACCUGUUUCCCGUGUCCCGUCAGCGGUCCGGCCGCCAUCAGUCCCUUGUCUCCAGGCGGCGGUCCGGCUGACACCUGUUUCCCGUCUCCCGUCAGCGGUCCGGCCGCCAUCAGUCCCUCGUCUUCAGGCGGUGGUCCGGCUGACACCUGUUUCCCGUCUCCCGUCAGCGGUCCGGCCGACAUCAGUGUCACGUCUCCCGUCGGCGGUCCGGCCGACAUCAGUUCCACGUCUUCAGUCAGCGGUCCGGCCGACAUCAGUCCCUCGUCUCCAGGCGGCGGCCCGGCUGACACCUGUUUCCCGUCACCUGUCGGCGGUCCGGCCGACAUCAGUUCCUCGUCCCCCGUCAGCGGUCCGGCCGCCAUCAGUCCCUCGUCUUCAGGCGGCGGUUCGGCUGACACCUGUUUCCCGUCACCUGUCGGCGGUCCGGCCGACAUCAGUUCCUCGUCUCCCGUCAGCGGUCCGGCCGACAUCAGUACCUCGUCUUCAGGCGGCGGCCCAGCUGACACCUGUUUCACGUCUGCGGACGGAGGUCCGGCCGACUCCUAUCCCUCGCCUCCAGUAAGCGGUGCUGUCAGCGGCCCGGCCGACUUCUGCUCCUCGACGCCGGCGGUCCGGCCGACUCCUGCUCCACGAUUCCUGUCGGCGGCCCGGUCGACAUCUGUCUCAUGUCUGCAGACGACGGUCCGGCCGACACCUGCUCCACGCGCCCGGCCGGCGGCACGACCGAUUCCUGCUCCACGCCUCCUGUCGGCGGUCCGGCCGAACCCUGCUCCACGCGCCCCGCCGGCGGUACGGCCGACACCUGCUCCACGCACCCGGCCGGCGGUACGACCGACACCUGCUCCACGCCUCCUGUCGGCGGUCCGACCGACACCUGCUCCACGCGCCCGGCCGGCGGCACAACCGACUCCUGCUCCACGCACCCGGCCGGCGGUACAACCGACUCCUGCUCCACGCACCCGGCCGGCGGUACAACCGACUCCUGCACCAUGCCUCCUGUCGGCGGCCCGACCGACACCUGCUCCACGCGCCCGGCCGGCGGCCCGGUCGACAUCUGCUUCACGUCUGCAGACGGCGGUCCGGCCGAUCACUGCUCCACGCAUCCUGUCGGCGGCUAGCUCGAUGUCGGCCUCACGUCUGCAGACGGCGGUCCGGCCGACACCUGCUCCACGACUCCAGCCGGCGAUCCGGCCGACACCUGCUCCCCAGCCAGCGUCGUCCUCAUCUCCGGAGGAGACUUGUCUUCACCCCUGUGGCCUUCCAGCCUCACCUCCAGUGGUGGCUCAACUUUGCCUACGUCGUCCUGCAGGUUGGUCAUCUGAGCUGCUUCACCUGUCUGGUCAUUCUCCCAAGCGCCAUCACCUGUCUGUCCAGCCUCCUGGUCGGCCUCCCCAGUGUCUUCACCAUUCUGUCUGGUCUCCAGGCCGUCCGCCUGAGGUCUCCUGUCCUGCCCUGGCUCAACCUCCAGGCCGUCCGCCUGAGGUCUCCUGUCCUACCCAGGUUUGGCACCCAAGCCGUCCGCUGGAGUUCCCCUGUCCUGCUCUGAUUCCACCUCCAGGCCGUCCCCCUGAGUUCCCCUGUCCUGCUCUGAUUCCACCUCCAGGCCGUCCGCCUGAGGUUUCAUGUGCUGCCCUUGUUUGGCAUCCAGGUCGUCCACCUGAGGUCUCCUGCCUCUCUCACCAGCUCGCUGAUUGCUGUCCCCUGACUCCCUCCUCCAGACCCCCUCCACCCACCCUGCUUAGCAUCGCAUGUCUGACUGUGGGCCGUCUGGAAUCCGGCCCUUUAGGGGGGAGUACUGUCAUGACUAGCCCCUAAGGGGGCUAUUUUUUGAACUCUUCAGUGGACUUUUGGACAUUUUUAGUUUAAGCUUUGGUUAUAGUUCCUGUUUUAUUUUGAAAUUUCUGCCCUUGUGUAUCUGGUCUUGUUGUACUUCCUGUCUUUGUCUUGUUUCCCGCUUUUGUCAUUGUUUUCCCCGCCCUAAUUGGUUCCACCUGUUCCCCUUACCCGUGUGUAUAUAUAGUCUGCGUUUCCCUUUGUCUAGUGUCAGUUCGUUUAUUGUCUCAUGCCUUCGUCCUUCACGCCAUGUUCCAUGUUUUUGUCCCUUGCCUUUGCCUUGUCUCGUUCCUCGUCUUGCCUCUCGUCAUCGUAUUCCCAGUCAGGUUGUGUAUUUAUUUGUUACUUUGUUUCUUGUUUAGUUUUAGUUACUUGAUCCAUGUUUCUCCUCUCUAAGAGUGAUUUUGCGUUUGCGUUUUGUAACUUUUGUUUUAGAGCCUUUUUCCCCUUAAUGGGUGAUCUUUCGUUUGUUACUUUGUCCAGUUAGUUUGUCUUCCUCCUCAGUGAGUGAUUUU